AUGGCGAUGGAAGACUUGAUUCCGGUCGUCAACAAGCUGCAGGAUGUCUUCAGCGCGAUCGGGCAGACGCCCAUCGACCUCCCACAGAUCGUCGUCAUCGGCUCGCAGAGCUCGGGCAAGAGCAGCGUCCUCGAAAACGUCGUGGGGCGCGACUUCCUGCCCCGAGGCACGGGCAUCGUGACCCGCCGCCCCCUUAUCCUGCAGCUCUACAACACCGCCGGCACCAUGGGCGGCAAGCGCGGGAGCUCGGGGGUCGCUGCUGCUGCUGCUGCUGCUGUUGCCGGCCCCGCCGGUGCCACCCCCAUCGCCCCUCCCACACCCCCCCGCAAAGAAUCCGGCUACACGGUAACCGGUAGGCAGGACUCGGGUUCUGGAGGGCUUGUCGGGGGGCGUGUGGCUGCUUUCGGGGGGGGUUCGAACGGCUCGGUGUUGCCUGGGGGGGCGCCGAGGACGCCGAGCAGGACAGGCCGGAGCGGGCCCGGGGCGGGGGGGGGUCUUAGCCCGCCGCCUAGCCCGAAGCCGCCGACGCCGGAGAGAGAAUGGGGGGAAUUCCUCCAUCUCCCUGGCCAGAAGUUCUUUAACUUCGCCGAGAUCAGGGAGGAGAUCAUCCGCGAAACGGACAGGCUGACGGGCAACAACAAGGGGAUAUCCGCCAAGAGCAUCAACCUCCGGAUCUACUCGCCCUUCGUGCUUAACCUCACCAUGGUUGACCUGCCGGGCAUCACCAAGGUGGCCACGGGAGACCAGCCGGCCGACAUCGAAGAGCAGAUCCGAGACAUGUGCUUGCAGUACAUCAAGAACCCGAACGCCAUCAUCCUCUCCGUAACGUCGGCGAACACCGACCUGGCCAACAGCGACGCCCUCAAGAUGGCGAGGGAGGUGGACCCCAAAGGGGACAGGACCGUGGGCGUCCUCACCAAGAUUGACCUCAUGGAUCCCGGCACCGAUGCUGGGGACAUGCUGGACAACCGAAUUAUCCCCCUCAAGCGAGGGUUCGUGGGUGUAAUCAACCGCGGACAGAAGGACAUUGAUGACGGGGUCAGCAUUCGGCAGGCCCUUCAAAAGGAGGCGGCGUAUUUCAGAGACCACCCCGCCUACAAAGGCCUCGACAAACGCGUUGGAACGACCAACCUUUCCAAGACCCUCAACCAGAUCUUGAUGCAUCACAUCCGGGACUGUUUGCCGGAGAUCAAAAGCAAGCUGAACGUGAUGAUGCAGAGCGUGUCUCAAGAGCUGGCAGAGCUCGGCGAGCCGACGGACUGCGUGUCCGGCGCCUCUCUCACGGCUACCUUGCUUACUCUCUUGUCCAAGUUCGCGUCCAACUUCCAGGCGGCGGUCGAUGGUCGAGGCUCGUCGCCGGACGGAAUUGAAAUGAACGAGCUGUACGGCGGGGCUAGGAUAAGCUACAUUUUCCACGAGAUCUUCUCUCACAGCUUGGCCACCAUCGACCCCUUCGAGGGGCUCACGGACCAGGACAUCCGAACGGCCAUAUACAACGCCAACGGCACCAGGCCUAGCCUCUUUGUGCCGGAGAUGUCGUUUGAUCUGCUCGUUCGCAAGCAGAUUGCCAGACUGGAACAGCCUGGCCUCCAGUGCGCUGACUUGGUCUUCGACGAGAUGCAAAGGAUCGCGGCUCAGUGUGAGGGGACGGAGCUGACCCGUUUCCCCUGCUUGCGAGACCGGAUUGUGGAGGUGAAUCACCAGCUGCUUCGAAAGUGCAUGAACCCUACGCAAGUGAUGAUCUCCAACUUGAUUAAGCUGGAGCUGGCGUACAUCAACACUUCCCACCCCGACUUCAUCGGAGGCAGCCGUGCGAUCGCCGAAGUUAUGGAGAGGAAUAGGACACCCAACGGGGGUGGCGGUGGCAGCAGCGGAAACGACACUACCACGGGAGUGCGGUCCCCGCCACCACGAAACCUUCCGGGCAAGGGGUUGGGGGGCAUCAGCCCCACCCGAGCGCCCGGAGGCUUUGGGCCCGGUCCCCGCGGCAUCGGGCAGCAGCCGUGGGGCGGGCUGCCCGACAGCAGCAGGGCCGGGAGCUCCAACGAUUCUAGGGGGGGCGGAGUAGGGGCUCAGCAGCAGCACGCAAGGUAUGGGGAGAGAGGAGGCGACGGCGGCGGCGGGUCGGGGGACGGCGGUGGCGGGUCGCGGCACCAGGAGAAGGAACGUGGGGGAGGCCUCAUGUCGUUUAUCUUUGGAGGCGGGCAGCAGGAUAAGCACCAGGGAAGACAAGCUCCGCAUAUGGUCAAGCUUCCGCAGCCGCCGGAAACGAUGCGUCAAUCGGACGAGCCGACGGACAGAGAGCGAUGCGAGAUGGAGAUCAUCAAGAGCCUCAUGAGAAGCUACUUCGACAUCGCCAGAAAGAACUUCCAGGCAAGCCAUCUACUUCUCGCAUCAACACUUUUGCGCUUCGCCGGUAUCUCUUUGAGACAGUCCCCGGUCAUGGAUGAAAGAGACGGAUCACAUGACCCCGAAUCGCGUCAUGUCGACACGGAUUUGGUCCCCAAGACGAUCAUGCAUUUUUUGGUGAACGACGUGAUCAACAUGCUCCAGAACGAGCUGGUGUCGAAGCUGUACAAAGAGGAUCUCACGGGAGAGCUCAUGCGUGAGACGGACGACGUAGCAGAGCGGAGACGCAUCUCGAGAGACAUGCUGUCCUUACUCAAAAAGGCAGUCAGCAUCGUCAGCGAAGUGCGCGACUUUAACCCCUUCCUCGGUUGAUGUAUUUUUUGGCAUUGAAUACUUCAAGACGAUGUGUUGGACCCGGAGCUUCUUUCGUGCUGUAAACUACACCACCCUCCUCCUCGUUGUUGUCGCUGUUGUCGUUGAUGGACGUUGUGUUGUU